AUGACCGACGAUGAGAGGAAUCGGGUGGAACGCAAAAUGAUCAGAAAAGUGGACUUUAGACUGUUGACGAUGACUAUUUUAAUGUACAUUCUCAACUAUCUUGAUCGCAACAACAUCGCUUCAGCCAAGCUGGCUGGUAUGCAGACAGACUUGAAUCUCCACGGAAACCAAUACGAGCCUGGCUGUUUGUAUCUGUUGUCAUGCUGGUACACUCGAAAGGAGUUGGUCAAGCGAACGGCGGUGCUCUACUCUGGCUCUAUCAUAUCCGGCGCUUUUUCAGGACUUUUUGCGGCGGGAAUUACUCAAAACCUCGACGGAGCUCGUGGCCUCUCGGCAUGGAGGUGGCUUUUCAUCAUUGAGGGAUGCAUGACGCGCCGCGCCAUCUGCCAGAUAUCGAUCACGGUGGCCAUUAUCGCCUGUUUUAUCAUCCCGGAUCUGCCUCGCACUACGUCUUGGCUCAAUAACCAGGAGAAGAAACUGGCUGUAUGGAGGUUGGAAGCGGAUAUAGGAGAAGAUGAUUGGGUGGAUAGCAAUCAUCAGUCCUUCAUAGCGGGGGCAAAAGCAGCAUUCUUGUAG